AUGGCGAGCCCGACAGCGACGGGGACGGGGACCCGGACCCGGACCCCGAGGCCGUCGGAGGAGGAGAUGAAGGCAGUGGAUCGAGAGAUUCCGAUCCGACUGACGCUGGGAGCUGCGACGCUGUCGCUUGGAGCUUCGGGGCAAUGGGAGCUAGAUCACACCACGUUGCAGCAGACAAAAGAGCAUGUGCGAGUGCUGGAAGAACGUAAUGCCGUGCUAGAAGCAGAGGUCGCGCAGCUGCGAGAUAAAUGCACGCGUAUGACCGAGGAGUCCAACAUGGAGAAGUUCAAAUGCCAAUUGCUGGUCGAGAUGCUGGCGGUGUCAAGUCUGGAUGAAGAGCGCACCCGCGCCCAAGCAGAUCAAGAGAAAGCUCGCGCAGCGAGCAUUAAGACGGACGUGGUAGCGCUGCUGGAACAAGCGCGUGCGGAGGGGCUGGACGUGCGCAAGAUCACUGCCGCGCUGGCCGCUGGGCCUCUAGCUCCGUAG